GGAGCCUAUUGCUGAAGGAGGGGGAGUGCAGGUGCUAGGUGGAAAAAGCAGAGUGAAGGAGAGGAGACAGGAGAGGAGAGAAGAAAGAUAUAUAGAGGGCAGAAGAGAAUCCAGAGUAAUUAGAGGGCACGGGUAGGCGGAUUUAAUCCAGUGCAGUAGCUGAAGUAUGGUGAUACGGAAAUAAAGGAUCUCCGGAGCAGGAGGGUGAGGUGCUGGGAUCGGCAGGUAGAAAACCGCUUGCUGCUGAGGGUUUCUUUUUGGAGGAGCGCUGAAGAGCCGGGCUUUCUGGAGCAGACACUCCAUCACUCAGCCCUGUGCGCCGCGGGCACCGGGCAGUAAACCGGGGAGAUGUCGGCAGUAAGUGGCACAGAGCCCAGCCCGGGAGCCGGGGGUAGGGUGUUCUUCCAAACCCCGUUGGCAGCCCCGGGAUCCCGGGAGGAGACACCGCAAGUGGUGGUGGCCACCUCCAAGCAGCAGCAGCAGAGGAGGCAGCAGCAGGGCAAAGUGACUGUGAAAUACGACAGGAAAGAGCUGAGGAAGCGCCUGGUGCUGGAGGAGUGGAUCGUGGAGCAGCUCAGCGAGCUCUACGGCUGCGAGGAAGAAGAAAUGCCAGAAGUUGAAAUAGACAUUGAUGAUCUUUUAGAGACGUCUAGUGAGGAAGAAAGAGUUCUUAAAUUACAGGAAUCUUUAGUAGACUGUUACAAACCCACAGAGGAAUUUAUAAAUCAACUAUUAUCACGAAUAAGAGGAAUGAGGAAACUAAGCCCCCCUCAGAAGAAGGAUAUAUAACGCAUCAGCUGUAGCUGUUCAGACGGAAUACAGCAAUGAAAUCAAGAUUUCAAAACCCGUCUAAGGAAAAUAUUCACCCGUCUUUCUGAAGAACUCAACAUAUCUGCUAUUUUAUGGGAGGGAAGGUGGUGGUUUGUGCUCUAGUUCCGGAAACCGAAUAUUCAUUUGUAUUGUAGUUGUUAAUAAAGUUUAUUCUUUUUUUUUU